AUGGCGCUGGAGCAACAAGUGGGUGGAACUUACCAACUUGGUGCCACCUGUUCGCUCAAACCUUCGUCGGCGCAGCGCGCAUAUGGUUUGACAGCCUACCAGCAGGCAAAAUCAAGUCGUGGAUAUUUCCGAGAGAAGUUCCUAUCACACUUCUCUCAACAACGACGACAAGCCAGAGAUCCCGGCGAUUGUUUAAACAUAUGGAGAAAAGAUCACGAAGGCGUCGAAGACUUCAUUACAAGAUAUAACAAAGAAUGUUUAGAAAUCGGAGACUUACCCGAAAAGAUGAUGCGCGCACAUUUCAUGAGGGCGGUCAAGUGUGACGAUUUAGUAAAAAGAAUCAAAGGGCGAGACGGAGGACCCAAAGAUUGGGAAACCUUCAUAGAGGCAGCAAAGACCAUUGCGCAGACCGAUAGACAGUUGACCGGUGACGAUCACCGUCAACGCGCACACAACCACAAUGACCGACAUAACAGAAGGGGCAGAAGUCAGCCGUGGAAGACUUCUGGCCAUAGAGAAAGAAGCCCACCAAGGGAAGACGCGCGCCACACAAUCAACCAAAUAGCUCACCGAAAGGAAGUAAAACGAGAAAAUAGAGAAAAACAGUGGACAUCACUGACAAAAACUCCCUCUGAGGUCUUAGCCACCGAAAAUCACCAGUUCAAACCACCCCUACAGAUGCGCAACAAGAGGGGUCAAGAUCCAAAUCUUUUCUUUGAAUUCCAUAAGGAUACGGGCCAUCUAACUGACGAUUGUUUCAGUUUAAAGCAAGAAAUCGAAAGGGACCUGAGAGAUGGAAAGCUCACCCAUUUGAUAAAAGGCGGAAAGCGCGACCACCGCCAAAUCCAAAGAAGAGAUGAAGGGCCAGAUAACAAAAAUCUCAGGAAGUUGGAAACCCACAUGGUGCAGGGGGGUCCACGAAGACCAAGGAGAAACUACAACAAGCGCACGCAGGAUGAUUCAUGGCGCGAGAAGCAAGUUAUUUUCCCAGUUGUUAAAGGGGGCCCAAGGGAAAAACGACCAAUAGUCAUUCCAGGGGUGAUCGACCACUACCAGACAGACUACAUCUUCAUCGACCCGGGGAGCACCGCGGAUAUCAUAUACGAACAAUGCUUCAAUCAAUUUGAUCAGGAGGACAAGGCGCGCUUGGAACCAGUUGACUACCCAUUAACUGGUUUCUGCAAUGAAGCCGUCUUUCCCCUGGGACAGAUAUCAUUCCCGGUGUUACUUUCGGACGGAAGAAAUUCAAGAACUGAAGAAGUCACAUUCAUGGUGCUACCAGCACACUCAAGACAUGACAUCCUCCUAGGAAGAGAAUCCCAAGGGGACUUCAGUAUGAUAUGCUCUGCACCACAUUCCGCUGUCGGAUUCCCCACCGAAACAGGCAUUGCGCUGAUAUACGCAAGCAAAGAAGUCUUAGCAACAUAUGAGAUCAGGCCCGCAAAAACAAGCAAGCCAGCACCGCGCACAGAAGCAGAAAAAUGGGUAUUAAACAGUGCAUACCCAGAACAAACAGUCACGCUAGUACCCGCGAUGUCCGAUUUAACGCGCGCGGCGCUCAAGAAACUGUUACACGAAAACAUGGAUGUGUUCGCCUGGACACCAGCUGAUAUGGUCGGCGUUCCGCGGCAUAUAGCAGAUCAUCGUUUAAAUGUCUCAGAAGAAGCAAAGCCGGUGGUACACGCUAAACGCCAUUUGGGUGAUAUAAAGCACGACGCCAUGAAAGAGCAAGUACUGGAAUUGCUAAAUGCAGGCAUUAUUAGAUAA